AUGAAGCUCGCAAACAUGUCGUUCUCCCUGAUGCUCCUCAUCAGGGUAUGUCAGGGCGUCUUCGCCCUCCUAGUAUUAAUCCUAUCAGGCUUUGUCGCGAACUGGUACAGAACCACGACCAGUCUCCCAUCACCCUCACAAAUCAACUUCCUCCUCUUCGGCGCCAUCUGGUCCUUCAUCUCGCUCGCCUGCAUCGAAAUCCUCCCACGCUUCCUCCCACGCAUCCCCAAACCCUACAUCGCCGCCCCCCUCGACCUAACCAACGCGCUCUUCCACCUGGCCGGCUUCGCCGCCCUGGCCGCCUUCCUGAGCGGCCUGCUCUUCUGCCACGGAGAUGUCUGCCACACCGCCCAGGCCGCUGCCGCUUUCUCUGCCUUUUCGUUCGCCGUCUGGUCCGCGUCGGCCGUGCUUACCUGUCUCGAGGCUCUCAAGAUCAAGAGGGGUGCCGGUGGUGGUGGUGGUGGGGUGCCCGCUGGCUCGGGUGCUGCUGCUGCUACUGGGUCGGCGGUGAAGGAGGGUGUUUAA